AUGGAAUUUGGAAAAUAUAAUCCCCUUAGCUUGGAUUUUCAUAUAUUACCAGAACGUUUACGCAAUUUAAAAGGCUAUAAAUUGCGCACUAUAGCAGAUCACAUAGAACCAAGAGCUAUGGAAUAUUAUAAUGAAAAUAAUGAAACUAAACUUAAUGGUUAUAUAGGACGUUUUGUGAAAACUAUAAGUGAAAUUCUAAAUGCCAGCCUUUAUUUUCCUCUGAAAGUACCACCUGAUGUUAUGCUGGAUUAUAGAGAUAUCAUGGGCUAUGUUAGCAACUACUCACUUGAUAUACCAGUUAGUUCUUUGUCUUUAUUUGAGUUUGAUGAUCAGCAUGAUUUUUCAUACCCCUUUGAAAUGGGCAAAUGGUGCAUACUUUUACCCAUGGAAAAACCUUUGGAUUUUAAAGAAGUAUUUCUUAUAAUUUUGCAUUCUCAGAUAAUGUUUAUCACCAUGAUUUUAAUAACAAUAUUUACCAUGGUUUUUUAUUUAGCCGGGAGUAAAAAUCAUCAAUGCGGCGGCCACAGAUGGCCUGAAAUUAUAAUAAACGAUAAAGCCAUAAGAGGAGUAUUGGGUCAAGGUUUUGUAAUCUCUAAGGAUAAAACAUAUGCUUUAAAACUUAUUCACUUAAUGUUGCUGCUAUCGGGCUUAACUAUUUCCUCCAUUUUUGGCAGUUAUUUACUAUCUUUUAACACUCAGCCGCCUUUGGAACCAGAAAUAGAUAGCUAUCAAAAUCUAGCUAAAUCUUCUUUAAAACUGGCUAUAACUAAAACGGAAAUUGAUUAUUUACAUAAUAUCACAAAUGGUUCUUUAGUCUACUUAUAUAAAAAGUUUCAUACAUUUGCUAAUUUUGUGGAAUAUUCCCGUUUUCGUGAUACAUUCGAUCGUCGUUUUGCCUAUCCCACCACUACCUCGAAAAUGCUAUACUAUAGUGGCUUGGAAUCCUUUUAUGGCACAAAGUUUUUUCGUUAUUCUUCAAAAAUGUGUCCCAAUACAAUGAUGCUUUUCCAAUUCCCACUUGGACCAAAUUCAUAUUUUCUAACACGCAUCAAUGAAAUUAUAAUGAACACCAUGCAAUCUGGUCUCCUGGAAUAUUGGAUGAGCAAGUCGUAUAUUGAUGCAGUUACUGCGGGCAAGGUGAUUCAUAUUAAUAUUACUUAUCCCACAUUAGUUAGUCCUUUAUAUUUGCAUGAUCUGUAUUGGAUUUGGUUGUAUUUUAUUAUAGCCAUCACCGCAGCUAUUGUAGUUUUUAUAAUGGAAUUAUUAAUACACAAAAAGUUUGGAAAAUAUUAA